UGUUUACAGCAGUAGCUCGCCAAAUACAGGCUCAGUCCAAGUUCUCACGGUCCUCUCGAAGACGACGUGUGACGUUUUAUUUUAAGCGCCCUCCUUUCAUUUGAAGAAAUGGAAAGCGCUAUUGCCACUAAAGAGCUAGCCAGGAUCCAGAGGUCGCCUCACACACUGACACGAUAAUUGGCGUUAUACACAUUUACCAAAAUCUCGUUUUUUUUGUUCUUUGGACAAACAAUUUGAGCGGUCUCAUACGGGUAUGUUAGUCAUUUCUCUGUGAUAUUCUGUAUGGCUUAUCAUUCACUGUCUAGGCGUAAUUAUUUACAUAUUUUUUUUGGAACCCAGUGCUCGCGAAAUGUUGCCUUAAGCAGUAUUAUUUUAGAUCAUGUUCGUUUAUAUACACGGUUUGUUCCACAGUACUGAACAGAAGUUGAAUAACGUGGCGCGCGACUGGCGCAUGAAUGUCGCUCAAUUACGUUAAUGUCAAUGUGAAAUGUGCCGUGAAAACGAAAAUAUGCUUUUUGUGUACUACACGACGGAAAGCCAUAUGUUUAGUGACAAGAUAACAUUGUGAUACAUUUAGUAUUAUUAUUAAUAUUAUUAUUAUUCUUUUUUACAAAAGCUGAAACAUGCCACCUUUUGACAUAUUAUGCGCUGGAAAGAUCUUCGACCAACGUUUUUCUACGGUCUCCAAUGCAAACGUUGCACGCUUUCAGUCAUUUUGAGUAACUGGAGAAAACUCAAGGGACUCGCGCGUUAAUCACGAUGGACCCAACAUCAUAACACUCGCGCUCCAUUCACCAAUUACGUGUACUGAGCCGAAGAAUUAUAGUGGUGUCUUCGAAAUGAAUGAUGAUGGAGGCGGAAAACGGGGAGAGCUGGUUUUCUCUGUCUCAAAACGGAACCACAAAUUUGAACGCCUCAAACCUGGGUUUCCUAAAUGCGUCGUCUCGAAUGGGUCUGUGGGGCGAUGCUCAGAAUAAAGAGGUGACACGACUGGACGAGAUUCUUCACGCACAUGAGAGAGCAUACAGAUAUUUCACCACCACCAUUCAAGUUUUCAUCCUAAUCGGUUCCCUUUUGGGCAAUGCUGCAGUUCUAUGGUGCACCUGUUACACCAAUGUCUUCAAGUCUGUCACAAAUCUUUUCAUCAAGAACCUGGCCUGUUCUGGCAUAUGUGCUGGGCUGGUGUGCGUGCCCUUUGACAUAGCUCUGAGUGCCAGCCCUCUGUGCUGCCUAUGGGUCCACACACUCCUGCUGUGCAAGGCCAUCAAGUUCUUACACAGGCUUUUCUGCUCUGUCACUGUGCUUAGCUUUGCUGUCAUCGCCCUGGACAGGUACUACUCUGUGUUGUAUCCACUGGAGAGAAAGAUAUCAGAUGCCAAAUCCAGAGACCUGGUCAUCUACAUCUGGGUGCAUGCAGUGGUGGCCAGUGUCCCUGUAUUCGCUGUUAGCAAUGUGACUGAUAUCUAUGCCACCUCUUCUUGUUCUGAUGGCCAAUCAAUAGAAUAUAUGGUUUACAUGGUCACUUACAACAUCACCACGCUUAUUUUACCACUAGCAGUGGUGUUUCUUGCCAUGGCGUUAAUUCGGCGUGCACUAAGCUCAAGCCAAAAGAAGAAAGUAAUCAUUGCGGCCUUGCGCACCCCUCAGAACAGCACUUCUAUCCCAUAUGUGUCUCAACGUGAGGCUGAACUCCAUGCCACCCUGUUGUCCAUCGUUCUAGUCUUUGCAAUCUGUAGCACCCCCUACGCUGUUCUGGUGGUAUAUCGCGCAGUGGCAGGGGCGGCAAAAGCCUCAUCUUGGUUACAACUGACUGCCGUGUGGCUACCAAAGGUCUCUCUUCUCACCAAUCCACUGUUUCUACUCACAGUAAACCGCUCUGUGCGGCAUUGCCUUCUCGAUAUGUUAGCACGCCUGCACCGUCGCUAUAGCCGAAGGAACAUGGUCAGCACUGGAGGGCUGGCUGAAGUUGCCGCACUGGGGGUUGAGACGGUGGCUCGCUCUGGAAGUCAGCUUCUGGAGAUGUUCAAUAUCGGCCAACAGCAGAUCUUCAGACCAAAUGAGGAUGAAGAAGAUGAGAAUGAAAUUUCCUCAGUGGCCUCUGCCAACUUCCAGGCCAAAGAUGAAGGACAGGGUGGAACUGGAAGGACAGGAAGGGUGGCAGGAGAGUUGCGUCAACAGCAGUUUGUGGAUGGGGAAAAAGAAGAGGGCUUAGCGUUACCAAAACAUUCCCCUAUUCAGACUUGUGCCUACUCCUCUUCGCAGGUUGCCCCUGCUACACCCACAGACCCUGAGGAUGCCACACAGUUUGGUUUUGGGCCAUUUGAGCUGCCACCUCAUUGGCUGCCUGAAACCAGAAACAGUAAGAAAAGACUACUGCCCCCACUGGGUAACACACCAGAAGAGCUGAUCCAAACCAAGCAGCCUAGAGUGCGCCCUGAGAGACGCAUCAGUAGAAACAAUAAAGUUAGUACCUUCCCUAAUAUGGACCCAUGAAAUAUAGUACAGUGUACAUAAUUGGACAAAAUAAUAAAAAGCCAAGAAAAAAGUAAAUUUUUAUCUGAAAUUAUUUUGAGAUUUUUAUUGAUUAUUUUUGGGUAUCCACAGUUUUCCUGACCAGCCACUGGGUCCCGCUGGACUGUUUUUUGGUUCCAGUCUCCAUUAGAAGCAAUGUAAAAAUGACAGAAACGAGAGAACCAGAUGGAGAAUAACAAACAUUUUAAGUGUUAGUUGGAGUAAAAAUGAGUUCAGGCUCAAUUCGAAGUAGUUAAUGAUAUCAACAUUACUAACCUUGGGCCAGCUUAAACUUUAAUGGGUGAGAAACUGUCAAAAGUCUCAUCACAAAUCUGUAAAGUAUUGGCACCAUGGAGCCAUGUGUUUUUUGAUUUGUAAAUUUUUUUUAUUUUUAUAUAAUACACUAAACAUAACAUUAUCCACUAAAAACAUACACCGAUCAGCCACAACAUUAAAACCACCUGCCUAAUAUUGUGUAGGUCCCCCUCGUGCCGCCAAAAGAGCGUCUACCCGCAUCUCAGAAUAGCAUUAUUCUGGCAUCUCAGAAUAGCAUUAAACGAGAUGCUAUUUUUCUCACCACAAUUUUACAGAGUGGUUAUCUGUGUUACCGUAGACUUAGUCAGUUCAAACCAGUCUGUCCAUUCUCUGUUGACCUCUUUCAUCAACAAGGCAUUUCCGUUCACAGAACUGCUGCUCACUGGAUGUUUUUUGUUUUUGGCACCAUUCGGAGUAAAUUCUAGAGACUGUUGUGUGUGAAAAUCCCAGGAGAUCAGCAGUUACAGAAAUACCCAAACCAGACCAUCUGGCACCAACAAUCAUGUCACGGUCCAAAUCAUUCAGAUCACAUUUUUUCCCCAUUCUGAUGGUUGAUGUGAACAUUAACUGAAGCUCCUGACCCGUAUCUGCAUGAUUUUAUGCACUGCACUGCUGCCACAUGAUUGGCUGAUUAGAUAAUCGCAUGGAUGAUUGUUGGUGCCAGACAGGCUGGUUUGAGUAUUUCUGUAACUGCUGUACAAUUGUGGUGAGAAGAAUAGUAUCUCAGAAUGAUAUUCUGAGAUGCGAGUUGGCGCUGUUUUGGCGGCAAGAGGGGGACCUACACAAUAUUAGGCAGGUGGUUUUACAGUUUUCCCUCAAUCGCUUUGGCUUAUUUUUUGAAACAGUCUUAACAUUCUCUAAACUGUAAGUGCAAUUUUCACAACUGUUUUAUGGGACAUCACAACUCUAUUGCAUGUCUGCAAAAUGUAGUAACUCACCCAAAACAUUUAGUUCAUGCUUCAAAACCUAGUUAUUGUGUCAGUAAAUUGGCCAAUGCCACCAAAAUGUCAUAUUGUGAGACAUACUGGUCAAAAUGUUUAGAAGUUUUUUUUCACCAUGGCAGUCAACCCUGGAAAUGUUUGUUAUAUACAAAUUUCAUUUUUGUUCUACAUUUUUGGUGACACUGACUGCUUACUGUACUAUCCAAGAAUGUCAGUUUUGUCUAGCUGAAUGCUAUUGUGUAUCACACUGAGCUUUUUAGAUACUGAUUUCAACAGAAGGUAAAAGUUUACUGGGACAAGUCAAUAUUGUACAAUACUGUAGUACACAGAGGAAGGAUAUGCACAUUUGUAUGUAUACAGUACAUUUAUUUUUGUAACAAUGUGUUACAUGUAAACAGAAAAUUCACAUUUGCAUGUACAUUUUUACACAUUUACAUGUAAAGUCAUAUAGUGAACAGAAAAUUGCCACAAAAUGACAUCCAUGCAAAAAAAAAAAAAAAAAACAACAAUGAAAAAACCUGCGGUAGUUCUGUAAAAAAACAUUAAAUUGUACCUCCUCACAGUAAGUAACACUACAAGUUCCCAUCUUCUUGGUAGGUCAUCCUGUCGCUCUUGUUGGUCUGGCCAGAGAUUUAGCAGACAUCACAAUCAUUCCAUGUCAUAGACAUUUAUGGAAUAUACCUGUAUUUCUGACAGAUUUUGAUAACUGAAUGCAUCAUUUUGCAUGUGAUGGCUCACAUGAUGAAAGAAUGUUUAGAAGUUGUGAAGAGUAUGUCAAUUUCACUGAGAAUGAACUCAUCGGUUUUGAUCAGCAAGCCAUGUGCAUUUAGUUAUUGUGCAAAUUGUAGACAAUUGUACUUACUCUUUUGCACACAUGUGCCAAAACACGUGCAAUUUGCUUAAAUGAAUAAGAAAUUCAAAUCUAGUUUGAACAAGAAACUAAUUAUUCAGAGAUUUGUACUUAUUGUUUUGAAAAAAAUAAUUCUCAUUCGAGAAAAGCGAUUGAGAAAAACUGUAAUGUUGUGGCUGAUCGGUGUACGCUGAAGCGAGUGAAAACACUGGAGACCGGAAAAUGAAAACAGGCUUCUAUUAUGGAUCGUAGAAAACUUCUGCGUUCAAGAAAAAUGUGGAUGGAGAAACAGUAGGAUAUUUUACAUGUUCUCUUGCUUUUAUCUGUUUGAGCACAUUAAUAAACAUAAAUUCAUCUCCAUAUACUGAUAAACAACUGAACUGACAUAAUAGGACAUUGAUCUUUCACAGGAGAUGCAAGAAACAACAAUACACUAGGCAUGGAUUGUAUAACAUUAUUUGUUUUGUUGCAAUGGUGAAUAAAAUUAAUCCCAUAUAAUUUAUGUAAAGAUGCCCAUACUGUGUUGAAUUUGACUAAAAUGUGCUGCUCUACAUGACAUCUUGAAACAGCACUCAACUGCACACAUUUAAAAAAAAAAUAAAUAAAAAAAAAAUUGUAUUUGGAACCACAAUCUAUCUCAAAUAACUUCUGCAUUAACAUUGAAACUGACGCAGUACACUCACAAUGGAAGUAUUUU